GGUGCCUUCCUCCUUCCCUCCCUCCCAGCCCUGCUCUCCUGCCAGUUGAGGUUGGAAGGGAGAGGGGAAAAAGACGAAACCGCCGGCGAAGCGACCAGCCUCGCCGAUCUGGCCAAGGAAGAAGGAAAGCAAGCAGGCAAGGCGGCGCGUCCGGAGGCGGAGGGCAUCUCAUCCGCUCUCUCGCUCUGCCCGGCAGUGAAGGAAUUCCGCAGCCCGGCUGGAAAGCGAUCCCGCGGCUGGUCUCCUCGUUUGUUUUUGUUGUUUUUUUUAGCGUCCCCCCUCCUCUCCCCUCCCCGUCCGUCUUCCUUUCGGAAGCGUCCUCCUCGGCUGGUCUGGACGCGGCGAGCCAGACUCUCCCCGCCGCGGGGAAGCGGGGAAGGAGGAGCUGGAGCGAAGGGACCAAGAGCUGCUGGCUCUGGAUUCGGGAAUGGGAUAAGGUUGUGAAGACUAUGAUUACACCUUCUCAGAUGAACGGACAAGAUGAAGCCAGCCACACCGUAGAAAAUGUUUGGAAACACCCACCCACCCUUCAGCUUCUCGGCUUCGAUUCCUCCAAAAGACUCGAUCCCUGCAUUUUAGCCACACUUUCCCCUUCUUGUCCCACCAUGGUUCCUGUACUGGCUUAAAAUAUUUCCUAAAAUGCUCCUUCUGCUUCUUAUUUUGUUAUUGAAGGAAGAUGUCUGGGGGAACUUUGGUCUUCUGGUUUCUGCACAGUCCAGUGAACGGCGGGUGGUGGCCUACAUGCCCGGAGACAUCGUCAUUGGGGCUUUAUUCUCUGUCCAUCACCAGCCCUCUGUCGACAAGGUCCACGAGAGGAAAUGUGGAGAGGUGAGAGAGCAAUAUGGGAUCCAGCGAGUGGAAGCCAUGCUCCACACUUUAGACAGGAUUAAUCAAAACCAGACAAUCUUGCCAAACAUCACGUUGGGUUGCGAAAUCAGGGACUCCUGCUGGCAUUCGGCUGUAGCUCUGGAGCAGAGCAUCGAGUUCAUCCGGGAUUCCCUCAUCUCGGCAGAAGAGGAGCAGGGGUUGAUGAAGUGCGUGGAUGGAUCGUCGUCUUCUUUCCACUCCAAGAAGCCCAUCGUCGGUGUCAUUGGACCGGGCUCCAGUUCUGUGGCCAUCCAGGUCCAAAACUUGUUGCAGCUUUUCAACAUACCUCAGAUUGCUUACUCUGCCACAAGCAUGGACUUAAGUGACAAGACGUUGUUCAAGUACUUCAUGAGAGUGGUGCCCUCAGAUGCCCAACAAGCUCGAGCCAUGGUGGACAUCGUCAAGAGAUACAACUGGACGUACGUGUCUGCUGUGCAUACUGAAGGAAACUAUGGUGAAAGUGGCAUGGAAGCCUUCAAGGACAUGUCAGCCAAGGAGGGAAUCUGCAUUGCCCAUUCCUACAAGAUCUACAGCAACGCAGGGGAACAGAGCUUUGACAAGCUUCUGGAGAAGCUAAGAAGCCACUUACCCAAGGCAAGAGUUGUGGCAUGCUUCUGCGAGGGCAUGACCGUGCGUGGGCUGCUAAUGGCGAUGAGACGCUUGGGGCUGGCUGGAGAGUUCUUGCUGUUAGGCAGUGAUGGCUGGGCAGACAGGUAUGACGUGACAGACGGCUACCAGCGUGAAGCCGCUGGUGGGAUCACAAUCAAGCUCCAGUCUCCCGACGUGAAGUGGUUCGAUGAUUAUUACCUGCAGCUUCAGCCAGACACCAAUCACCGAAACCCAUGGUUUCAAGAAUUUUGGCAGCACCGAUUCCAGUGCCGGCUGAAAGGAUCCCCUCAGGAGAAUCCCAAAUUCAAUAAGACCUGCAGCAGUAACUUAACCUUGAGAACGCAACACGUGCAAGAUUCCAAAAUGGGCUUUGUGAUUAAUGCAAUAUACUCCAUGGCAUAUGGCCUCCAUAACAUGCAGAUGUCGCUGUGCCCGGGCUACGCAGGUCUUUGUGAUGCUAUGAAACCAAUAGAUGGGCGGAAACUCCUGGAUUCUCUAAUGAAGUCCAACUUCACUGGAGUUUCUGGGGACAUGAUCUCCUUUGAUGAGAAUGGAGACUCACCAGGAAGGUAUGAAAUCAUGAAUUUUAAGGAAAUGGGAAAGGACUACUACGACUAUAUCAACGUUGGGAGUUGGGACAAUGGUGAAUUGAAAAUGGAUGAUGAUGAAAUAUGGUCUAAGAAAAGCAUCCUCAUCCGAUCUGUUUGCAGCGAACCGUGCGAGAAAGGGGAAAUCAAGGUUAUCCGCAAAGGGGAAGUGAGUUGCUGCUGGACUUGUACCCGGUGCAAGGAAAACGAAUUUGUUUCUGACGAAUAUACAUGCAAAGCCUGUGACCUGGGUUCAUGGCCCAAUGAUGACCUGACGGGCUGUGAUUUAAUCCCAGUCCAGUACCUCCGAUGGGGUGACCCCGAGCCCAUUGCAGCUGUCGUCUUUGCCUGCUUGGGUCUCCUGGCCACCAUGUUUGUUACUGCCAUCUUCAUCAUCUACCGCGACACACCGGUCGUCAAAUCAUCAAGCCGGGAGCUCUGCUACAUCAUCUUAGCUGGUAUAUUUUUGGGUUACCUGUGUACUUUCUGCCUCAUUGCCAAGCCUCAACAGAUCUACUGUUACCUUCAACGGAUUGGCAUUGGCCUCUCCCCAGCUAUGAGUUACUCUGCCCUGGUGACCAAAACGAACCGGAUUGCGAGGAUCCUUGCCGGCAGCAAGAAGAAAAUUUGCACCAAGAAACCUCGUUUCAUGAGCGCCUGUGCCCAGUUGGUCAUCGCGUUCCUCUUGAUCUGCGUCCAGCUCGGCAUCAUUGUUGCCCUUUUCAUCAUGGAGCCCCCAAAUAUAAAGCACGAUUAUCCAAGUAUCCGCGAAGUGUAUCUGAUAUGCAACACCACCAACCUAGGGGUUGUGACUCCCCUUGGAUACAAUGGCUUGCUCAUCUUAAGCUGCACCUUCUACGCAUUCAAGACCAGGAACGUCCCAGCCAACUUCAACGAGGCCAAGUACAUCGCUUUCACCAUGUACACCACGUGCAUCAUCUGGCUGGCCUUUGUGCCCAUUUAUUUCGGGAGCAACUACAAAAUUAUCACCAUGUGUUUUUCGGUCAGCCUGAGCGCCACUGUGGCUCUCGGCUGCAUGUUCGUCCCAAAGGUGUACAUCAUCCUUGCUAAGCCAGAGAGGAACGUACGCAGCGCGUUCACCACCUCAACGGUGGUUCGCAUGCACGUCGGAGAUGGGAAGUCCUCUUCGGCGACCAGUCGUUCCAGCAGUUUGGUCAACCUGUGGAAAAGAAGGGGAUCAUCCGGGGAGACUUUGAGGUACAAAGGCAGGAAGCUGGCCCAGCACAAGUCGGAAAUAGAGUGUUUCACUCCAAAAGGGAGUGUGGGAAAUGGUGGGCGAGCGACCAUGAGCAGUUCCAAUGGAAAAUCGGUGACGUGGGCCCAGAAUGAGAAAAGCACCAGUAGGGGCGCCCACCUCUGGCAACGGCUUUCUGUACACAUCAACAAAAAAGAAAAUCCCAACCAAACGGCUGUCAUCAAGCCUUUCUCCAAAAGCACAGAGAGCAACCGUCAUGGUAGUGCAGCCACCGCCUCUACCGCCGCCACCAUCAUUACAUCCACCCCUUCUUUUCCCGAGCCCAGUGCCAAGACACUUUACGAUGUCUCCGAAGCAGAGGAACACUAUCCGGCCCAGUACCGGGCUCAGAACCCUUCCCCCAUCAGUACCGUGAGCCAGAGGACUGCCUCGCUGAGCCGGACCGAAGACGACGUCCCAACGUUUCAGUCGGAGCAAGCCCAGAGAAGCAGUUCCUCCCAAGGUUCUCUGAUGGAACAGAUCAGCAGCGUGGUGACCCGCUUCACAGCCAAUAUCAGCGAGCUAAACUCCAUGAUGCUCUCCACUCCCACGGCAGGCGUGACGACGCCCCUGUGCUCUUCCUACCUGAUCCCGAGAGAGAUACAGCUCCCUACCACCAUGACGACUUUUGCAGAGAUCCAACCACUCCCUGCCAUUGAGGUCAACGGAGCCUCCCAGUCGGCCCGGAAACCAUCCUGCGGGAGCGUCAAAGAAGGCCCUACGGUAGAAACCUCAAAAGUGGCCAAGCCUGAGCUUGACGAGUUGGUGGCUUUGACGCCGCCCUCUCCUUUCAGGGACUCUGUAGAUUCAGGGAGCGCUUCGCCCAGCUCCCCGGCCUCCGAAUCUGCCCUUUGCGUCCCCUCUUCACCGAAAUAUGACUCGCUUAUUAUAAGAGAUUAUACUCAAAGUUCUUCUUCUUUGUGAAUGUAACUGAAAUUCCAUUGUGGAUGUUGACAGCUUCGAAUCUACCAGGAGGGGAGGCCAGGCUUCCGGGCAUCUCCAGUGUUUACAAACACAGUGAUGUGUCAUCUUGGGAGGGGGAAAAAGCAUGGCAGGGAGAAAUGAAAAGGACAGAUGGAUUAAGCUCGUCGAAACACACUGAAUAAAACUUUUAGCAGAAUUCUGUGGCCUUAAAAACAUGGGCUUUUCAAUGGAAAAAAAAUUACAGACACACAUACACUGCACCCAUUUUCUUAGGGCUUGUAAGAAGUCUCUUAAGUUACUUACGUACCAAGUGCUUUGCAUUAGUCUAUAACAAUGAGCCCUCCAUAUGUACCAAGGGGUGAGAAAAAGAAGUUGGAAGUAAAGCAGCUGUCCAGUGCUUCUUUACCUGGAUUCCUUAACCCAUAAGUGAACCUUGAUCUUUUGUCAAGACAUGGAAGACCAAAACAUUGAAUGUACAUUUUCUAACAGACUUAAGACCUGGGACCAAGCAAUCCAGCUCCUUUUUUUUUUGUUUGUUUCAGUCGAAGGUGUUUGUUUGUUUUUUAAGGAAGAUCUCGACCAAUUAGUUAACUUAUUCUGUAACUACUAAACUUUUUGGCUAAAAUAGAUGAUGUACGUGGCACUACGCCUCAUGUCGGUAAACGUGCAUGGCUGCACUGCAGCUAGCGACUGCAUUCGCAGAGGGCUUUCCACGUGACUCUUCAUCCGACAGAUUUGUUUACGAGGGGGAGAAAAAAAAAAUCUCUUCAGUUAAGUACCUACAUUUUUCUUUAACAUUGGAUUCUCUUCCAGAGCUCCAAAAUUCAAGGAGGAUCUCCUGACUAUUUCACCGCGUUGCCAACUAAUAAAGGAGUAGCAAAAAAAAGAGAGAGAGCAAACAAUG